UGUUUUAAAAAAAAUCAAAAUCAUGUAGAACUUUAAAGACUUUAAAAAAAAUUGUUUUUUUCUUUUGUCUUCUAGAAUGGCUCUUGCAAAGAUCUUAAAUACUCGUCCAGAGACUCCAUAUCAAACACUCCCCCCCCUACAUAUUUUUGUUGUUAAGCUCCAAGAUAGGCCCAAGGUCUUAUCUUGGACAUUUACUGACAACACAGCCUUGCCAGGAGUGGUGAAGGCAAAUAAAAUGGCUGCAAUAACCAAUGGUAAUUCAGUGACAGCAGUUACCCUCUUUGAGGAGUUUACGGGGAGGGUUAAAGAAGGGUCCUCGUAUAUAUUGAAAGGGCAUGAGCUAAGGGGACAGGGGCCCACCCUUCCAAAUCAAUAUAACACGCAGGACUCAGUUCUUCCGGGCCUCAAUGCUGAAAGUUGAGGAGCACCUAAAGCAAAGAGCAACGGAACUGCUGGAGCCCCCCUCCCCAAUCACAUCACUAAGUGCCAGUCUGGGGACAACGACCCUCAUAACAGUGGAGGGGGAGGUGGUUGAGGUAUCUGCAGUAAAGGCUGUGGGAUCCAUAAAACAGAAGAUACCACUGAAAAAUAUUCGAAUUAAACAGGACCAGCAUAUCAUCCCAAUCAGCCUUUGGCGGGAAGCGGCAGUGGUGGCGAUGGCUGUGGGGGACACAGUCACCAUCAGCCAUGUAAAGGCUGCGACAAGCAGCUACGGAGCCCAACUCCAGAGCACCGCAUUGACCAAGAUCAAGGCAAAAGAAGAAGUGCGGACAUCCACUUUUAUUGUUGGAGUCAUUGAAGGGGAAGAAGAGGAGAGUGUCCGCGUCCUCUUCGAAGAUGGCGAAACUGCCCUAAUUUUAAAUGAAAUGUGGGCUCCCUUUGAUGAAAAGCUGAAAAAAGAAAAAGUUAAUGUGCAGAUUAGGCUUGUGGGGAAAAAAAUAACGGAAAUUAGAGAGAUGUAG